AUGGUGGCGCAAAAAUCGCAGGGUAUCCAGACGCUGCUGGAGGCUGAAAAAGAAGCCACCAAGAUCGUGGAGCAGGCUCGAGCUUACCGCACACAGAAGCUGAAGGAGGCACAAACUGAGGCUGAGAAGGACAUUGCUGAGCUGAAGGCCAAGAAAGAGAAGGAGCUCGAUGAAUACAAGCAGAAAUAUGCGGGCACGCAGUCUUCCGCUCAAGACAAGAUCGAUCGCGACACCAAGGAUCGCUUGAGCGAGAUUGAGCGUGCAUUCCAAGACAAGCGCGAGGAGCUCAUUUCCAAGUUGCUUGACCGCGUCAGCCAGGUCGACCCACAGCCCCACAAGAAUCUGCAAAAGAUGAGUGCUUAG